GGAAACGAGUAUUCUCUCUGUCAAUGAGUGAGGCGAAGGUGAAUGCAAUGGGAUUUAGGAAUUGCGGCUGGUAGAAGCGAAAAGUGGUGUAGCGGAGAUCAGGUCUUAAUUUCGGAAAUAAGAGACAACAAGGCUAAGCUCUAUUGGCGAGGGACAGUUUUCAAAAGUUGCUACAAACUUAAAUCGUGUCAACGGGUUCAGCAUAGGUCGUUGCAUAUUGUAAGAGCGAGCUAACAUAAGCUAGUUAGCUAGCUGAUCUGAAACUUCAAGUGCGCUAAAGUGGGUGACUGAGGCAGGAUGUACUAUGAAGACAACGCGAGUGCACACAGGCCACGCUAUGGAUCCAUUGUGGACGAUGAGCGUCUGUCCGCGGAGGAGAUGGACGAGAGGAGAAGACAGAACAUCGCUUACGAAUACCUGUGUCACCUGGAGGAGGCCAAACAGUGGAUGGAGGCGUGUUUGGAGGAGGAGCUGCCAGCCCCCACGGAGCUGGAGGAGGGCCUUCGGAACGGAGUCUACCUCGCCAAACUCGCCAAGUUCUUCGCCCCAAAAAUGGUGUCUGAAAAGAAGAUUUACGACAGAGACCAAACGCGUUACAAGCACACGGGACUUCACUUUCGACACACGGACAACACGGUGCAGUGGCUGAGAGCCAUGGAGUCUGUGGGCCUUCCCAAGAUAUUCUAUCCGGAAACAACUGACGUGUAUGAUCGUAAAAACAUGCCGAAAGUUACCUACUGCAUACACGCAUUAAGUCUGUACCUGUACAAGCUGGGCAUCGCUCCUCAGAUCCAGGACCUGCUGGGGAAAGUGGAUUUCACAGAGGAGGAGAUCAGUAAUGUGCGGAAGGAGCUGGAUAAAUAUGGGAUCCAGAUGCCGACAUUCAGCAAGAUCGGAGGAAUCCUGGCCAAUGAGCUCUCUGUGGACGAAGCUGCCUUGCACGCGGCAGUGAUUGCCAUUAACGAGGCGAUAGAGCGGGGUCAGGCGGAGGUCACGAUGGCGGCACUGAACAACCCCAACGCCAUGCUGCGGCACACAGAGGAGACACUCGCACAGGAGUACCAGCUCAGCCUGAGCCUUGCCAAGAGGCGCAAGCCGGAGAAAGCUUCCGGGGAGCCCUCUUCUGUUGCGACGGAGGAGAGAGACGUGUACGAGGAGUUACUGACACAGUCGGAAAUUCAGACUAACAUCGAUCUGGUAAACACCCAGGAGGCAGUCAGGCGGGUGAACCAGGCCAUCAGUGCCCAGGAUGAGGUCGCUCUGCUGGCCGCCCUAAAGCUGCCCGCCCUGCGGCUUCUGGGAUUGCUGGAGGGCAACUCCUCCUGCUACCUGGGCCACUUCACCACCUACUGCCAGCAAAACUCUACGGAUGGCUCUCCCGUGCAUCUGCAGAGGGAGGAGAUCCAGUGUGUGGUGAGCUCCUGCAACGACUUUGCAGAGGCAGAGAAACGAAAGAUGGAGGCUGUGGCUGCGAUAAAUGCGGCUGUUCGACGGGGCGAUGCAUUGGAAACGGUGGAGGAGCUGAUGAACCCCGAGGCCCAACUGCCCAUCGUGUACCAAACUGCCGCUAACCUGUACCAGCCCGAGCUCUACAGCCUGCAGGCCCAGAGCACCGGGGUGUACCUGGGGUACGAGCAGCUGUCGGUUGCCGUGGAGAUGCUGUCGGCGGUGGCGGUGCUGAACGAGGUGCUGGACACCAGAGACUCGCAGGGCGUGAUGGAGCAGCUGAGCGACUCCCCCCUGGGCUUCAGCAGCAUGGAGCAGGACAACCUGCAGAGGUACGCAGACGCACUGAUUACCCAGAAGGCCGAGGCCCUCUCCCAGGGACACGAGUUCCUCACCUGGAACGACGUGCAGAAGUGCAUCGACUCUGUAAACACACAGGUCCACGAGGAGCAUGAGAGAAUCCUGGCGAUAGCGGAGAUCAACGAGGCGCUCAGCACAGGAGACCCAGAGAAGACUCUGUGUGCGCUGCUGCUGCCCACGGCGAAACUACAGGGAGUGUGUCCCCGCACAGCCAAACACUACCACGACGUGCUGCAGCACGCCAAAGCACUCAUCUGUGAGAAGUCGGGUGAUGUGGGCGCAGUGCUGUGGCUAGAUCAGAUCCAAGAUGCGGUCCACACCGCCAACACCAACGAAGAAGAGGCUUUCAACCUGGCUGGAGCGGUGGCGGACAUUAACACAGCGGUGUCGAAGGGGGAUGCUCAGGCCACCCUGCAGGCCCUGCAGUCCCCCAGCAUCUCUCUGAGAGGGGUGCUCCCCGAAUGCGCAGAGACCUACCUGUUACACCUGUCCCAGCAGCAGAUCCUCAACACUACUGAAGGCUCCAGUGACAGUGUGUGGGUGAAACACUGCAUCAGAGAAAAGUAUGACUUCUUCUACAACUUAGAGACCAGGGAGGGGGGCUGGCUGGAGCCAGAGGGCUUUGUGCACUGCAGCUCUCAGCUGAGCAAAGAGCUAAUCCAGGGCAUUGUGGGAAGCGUGACGGCGGAGUAUAACCGUGAGCAGCUGUGGCGGGCGAACGAGCCGCUCGUUGUGCUGCUCCAGGCUCAGGUGCGAGGGUACCUGGUGAGGCGGGCGCAUGCCCAGAGACUGCAGUACCUGCGGCAGCAAGAGCCCUCUGUCAUCAGACUGCAGGCUUCCUGGAAGGGCUAUAAACAGAGAAAGGCCUACAAGAACAGACUGAGCGUGCUCCAAAAUAACGUAGCUGCUGUCGUCAAGAUACAGUCAUGGGUGAAAAUGUGGAGACUGAGACACAGAUAUUCCGGAAGGCUUCAGUAUUUCAAAGAGCAUGAGAAGGAGAUUGUGAAAAUACAGGCGUUUCUGAAGGCGAAUAAGGCGAGAGAAGACUACAGGACUCUGACUGGGGCGCAGGACCCCCCCCUGGCGGUGGUGCGGAAGUUUGUGCAUCUCCUGGAGCAGAGCAGGCUGGACCUGCAGGAGGAGCAGGAGCUGACUGCGCUCCGGGAGGAGGUGGUGACCCGCAUCCGCUCCAACCAGCAGCUGGAGAGAGACCUCAACCUGAUGGACAUCAAGAUCGGCCUGCUGGUCAAGAACAGGAUCACACUGCAGGACGUGGUGUCUCACAGUAAGAAACUGAAGAACAAGAAGAGUAAAGUAAACAAGGAUGACCUGGCCAUGGGGGACAGACAGGGCAUCAAGGGACUGAGCAAGGGCAAGAGACGCAAGCUGGAGGCCUACCAGCACUUCUUCUACCUGCUCCAGACCAACCCCUCGUACCUGGCCAAGCUGAUCUUCCAGAUGCCCCAAAACAAGUCCACCAAGUUCAUGGACACGGUGAUCUUCACCCUGUACAACUACGCCUCCAACCAGAGGGAGGAGUACCUGCUGCUCAAGCUCUUCAAGACGGCCCUGGAGGAGGAGAUACAAUCAAAGGUGGACCAGCUCCAGGACAUUGUGACGGGGAACCCCACGGUCAUUAAGAUGGUGGUGAGCUUUAACCGGGGAGCGCGCGGUCAGAACGCACUCAGGCAGCUCCUGGCCCCGGUGGUCAGGGACAUCAUCCAGGACAAGAGCCUGGGCAUCAACACCAGCCCUGUGGACGUGUACAAGGCCUGGGUCAACCAGCUGGAGUCUGCCACUGGGGAAGCCAGUAAGCUCCCGUACGAGGUCACCCCUGAGCAGGCUGUGACCCACGAGGAGGUGCGGGCCCGGCUGGAGACCUCCAGUCAGAACUUGCGUAUGACCACCGAUAAGCUCUUGGGCUCCAUUGUGUCCUCGCUGGACAACAUCCCCUAUGGCAUGAGAUACAUAGCCAAAGUUCUGAAGAACUCACUGCAUGAGAAAUUCCCCGACGCCACUGAGGACGAGCUCCUGAAGAUUGUGGGAAACCUGCUGUACUACCGUUACAUGAACCCUGCCAUUGUGGCUCCAGACGGGUUUGACAUCAUCGACAUGACUGCGGGGGGGCAGCUGCACUCGGACCAGCGCAGGAACCUGGGAUCAGUGGCCAAAGUGCUGCAGCACGCAGCUGCUAACAAACUCUUCGAGGGAGAGACCGACCACAUGGCCUCCAUGAACAGCUACAUCUCCCAGACCUACCAGAAAUUCAGGCUUCUUUUCCAGGCUGCGUGCGACGUUCCGGAGCCGGAGGAAAAAUUCAACGUGGACGAGUAUUCCGACAUGAUCACGUUGAGCAAACCUGUCAUCUACAUCUCCAUUGAGGAGAUCAUCAACACACACUCACUGGUUCUGGAACAUCAGGAGGCCAUUUCUCCGGAUAAGAACGACCUCCUUCACGAGCUCCUGGAGGAUCUGGGUGACGUUCCCGAUGUGGAGUCUCUCCUGGGGGAGGGGGCAGUGGACCCCAGCGACCCCAACAAGGACAGCACACUGACCCAGCUGGCCAAAACGGAAAUCUCCCUCACCCUCACCAGCAAGUUUGAGCUGCUGGAGGGGGACGAGCAGGACAUGAACAGCCUCAUGAUGAAGACUAAGAAGUUGAUCGUGGAUGUGGUGCGAAUUCAGCCUGGAGAGACGCUCACAGAUACACUGGAGACACCGGCCACAGCUGUGCAGGAGGCGGAGCACACGCGGGUGAUAGAGCGGCGGGCGGAGCAGGAUGAGCAGAUGCCAGACGGGCUGAGGAGCAGCGGGGCGGGGCUGGAGGACCGGCAGCUCCCGCUGGAGCAGAAGAAGAGGAAGAUCCUGCGGAACCUGCGCACUCUGGAGCAGGCCGGGCGUGUCUCCGCCCACAACGCGUACCAGGACGUCAUCAACGACAUCUCCAAGGACAUCCGGUACCAGAGGCGGUACAGGCAGAGACGGAAGGCGGAACUGGUGAAACUGCAGCAGACGCUCAGCGCUCUCAACUCAAAAACCGCCUUUUACCAGGAUCAGGUCAACUACUACGACACCUACAUCAAAACCUGCCUCGACAACCUCAACCGCAAGAAUGCCCGACGCUCCAUCAAGCUGGACAGUAAGGGGGAGGAGAAGGGCAGCAGGAAGUCCCGGCCGCUGCAGUCACUGAAGUACAACGCGGCGCGUCUCCACGAGAAGGGCGUCAUCCUGGAGAUCGAGGGGCUGCAGACCAAUCAGUUUAAGAACGUCAUGUUUGAAAUCUCUCCCAGCGAGGAAGUGGGGGACUUUGAGGUCAAAGCCAAGUUUAUGGGAGUGGAGAUGGAGAAGGUUCCGCUGCAUUUUCAGGACUUGCUUCAGCUUCAGUAUGAAGGCGUGGCCGUCAUGAAGAUGUUCGACAAAGCCAAAGUAAACGUCAACCUGCUCAUCUUUCUGCUAAACAAGAAGUUCUACGGGAAGUGAAGCCCCUGACCAAAGCACAGUUUAACCCCCCCCCCCCGGCACAUUUCACAGAGUCUAAUUCUGAAGUUGGAUAAAUUUGGAUUGUGCCUUGCCUUCUGUAAAAUGAACUUGCUUUUUCAGAAUUAUAACUGGAUUCAUUUUUAGUGAUUUAAUGAAUAACUGGAUUAUUGUAUGAGAAGUUGAUUGGAAUUCAUUCCACUCAUUCCACAGUUGAAAAAAAGUUAACGAAUGGUUACUUAUAUUGUCAAUGUUAUUGUUGUGGUUUAUUUUUGUGGUUAUCCACUGGGUGAUUGUAUAUGGAAUAUAUAUUUUAAGAAUAUAAUUAAAAUGACAUUUUAUAUAAAGACGUUAUAUAAGCAGACAACAUUAUCACUUGUGAAUAAGAGAUAAUAGUGAAUUGUUGUAAAAUGCACUACUGCCUCACGGUUGUUUAGGAUGUGAAAUGGAACAUUCCAAGCAGACUGUCGGUUUGCUGAACGUGUUACGCUGUGCCUUUGCAUAUUUUUAAAACCAGUUCAUUCACCAUUAUACUUCCCAAUCUUUCUUCCCUUUAAAUGCAGUCGGAUCAUAAAUUAACAUAAUUUCUGUUUAAAAAAAAAAAAAAAGAUGAAUAAACUACAAACCUCAAUGAA